AUGGAUGGCAUUUUGAAUUUACUUACGGAACAAAACCAGUUAUUGCUGCACGAAUAUUUGAAGCAACGCAACCAAGAGAGUUUUACCAAUUUGAAUAUAAACCAUUUAGAAUUUUUUUUAAACAAAUUGAGCGAAAUAAAGAAUACACUAAAUGAAAGAGAGAAAGAUGAAUAUGUAGUAGAAGCUCCUCCAACUGUUGACAUCAAUAGUAUCCAUGAGUGCAAUGUGAAACCACCCAAUGGUGCCAUAUUUAUUGAGAAUUAUAAAAAAAAAAAUUUAAUGAACGAAUUAAAACAUAUAGGAUUAGAAAUUGUUAAACGUAGUGAAGUUGCCGUUUUGUUUUUAGCUGGUGGUCUAGGAUCGAGACUUGGGAUUGAUAAGCCAAAGGGAUUGUUGGAAAUCACACCUAUACAUAAUAAAACAUUUUUUCAGUUUUAUUUUGAGCAAAUUAAAUUUUUGGAAGAGUUCUCUAUGACAAUUGACACUGCUAGAAGCAAUGCUAAUAUAAGAAAUAAAUUCAACUGUUACUACCCAGAGGUAGGAAUCACAAGUUGCAACAGCAAUUACAGUAAUGAUGAUCUCCCCAAUGUGUUUAGAAGUUGUGAUAAUGUAAAUCGAAAAGGUAACAUGGCUUAUGCAAGCUCCUCAAAUCCAAAUUUAUUGCACGCGUCCACCCCAAUAACAGAAGUUAAAGAAACAACAAUUUACAUUUACAUAAUGACAUCGAGCUACACACAUGAAAAAACUGUUAAUUUUUUAGAAGAGAACAAAUUUUUUGGAUUAAAAAAGGAAAAUAUAAUUUUUUUUAAACAAUGUGAUAAUUACUCCACCGAUUUUAAUUUUAAUAUUCUCCUGUCCAAUCAGAACACAUUGUUGACAUUCCCAGGUGGUAAUGGAGCUCUCUUUAGUGCACUAGACAGAAAUGAAAUAAUUGAUGAUAUGAUCCAAAAAAAUAUAAAAUAUGUUCAAAUUGUAAGUGUUGAUAAUGUGUUAAAUAAAAUAUCGGAUCCAGUAUUAAUCGGUUUUUGUUCCUUUUUUCAAUGUGAUAUUGCUAAUAAGGCAGUUAAAAUGGAGGAAGUAGGAUCGGUGGGUAUCUUUUGCUUAAAAGGGAAUGAAAAAAAACUAACGCAUGAUGAACAUAAUAAUUUUUCUGUAUGUGAAUAUACAGAAUUAAAUAAAUAUAUUUUAAAAAAUCCAGAAGUUUUUAAAUAUGGAAAUAUUUGUCACCAUGUAUUUUCACUAAACUUCUUACAUCAUAUUGUAAAGAAUAAACUUUAUAAUAAUAUGAAAUUACACAAAAUUUCGAGAAAAAAAGAAUACUACGAUUUUAGUGUAUAUCCAAAUGAGAAAAGUUCUAUGUCUAGUUCUACUGUGUAUUGCUACGAAUAUUUUAUAUUUGAUAUUUUCAAGUAUGCCAAAAACAUAUUAUCAUUUGAAGUUUCGAGAGAUGAAGAAUUUUAUCCAAUAAAAAAUAAUAACAAUGGAAAUACUAUAUUGAAUGCACAUACAAAAUUAAGUAUGUUACAUAAAUCAUGGCUUGAAAACAUGAAAUUUAAUAUUAUUCCUAACCCUAUGGAGCAUCUUAACAUGUGUGAAAUAUCUCCCCUUGUCUCUUAUGAUGGAGCUUUUUUUUUUCAUUUACCUAAACGUAAAGAUGUGCAUCUCCCGUUUUCCCUUGAUUUGGGUUCAUCGCCUUAG